UUCCACUCCAAAAUGAUGACUGCAGUGAUUCAGGGUAGCAAUUACGAUGGAAUCAAUUCACAAUAAUGCAUUGAUCAAACUACAACACUUUAUCACUUGAUGUAUCUACCUGUCAAAUCAACGAUGAGGAAAUAUGCCAAGACUUAGCUUAGUCAUGCACUUCGAAACCUCAUGACAACCUCACAUCGAUGAUUCGCGAGCUUGCUGCGACCCACGAAUCUCCCCAGAAACGUCAGGUCAAUCACUCACCAUGGCGGGACACAAUCACCCACCCACGGUCCACAUGGACCCAGCUCUCAUCAAAUGGAACAACAUGGUGGUCAACCGCCACAAGUACUUCCGCUGGACACCGCGCACCGCCUGGAUCACCGUCGCCUACGUUGUCGCUGUACCCGCUCUCCUUGGAACCGUUGGAUACAUGACCGAUGGAAAAUGGGAUAUGCGUGGAAAGAGGCGGGGCGACCUCGUCUCCGAGUUCUAAAUGCUCUCCGGGGAAUGGCGUGGGAAAAAAGAAUCACGUUGGGCACAAUUGCACGAUGCCGGAAA